AUGGCCUCUGUCUCGGAGCAUCCUUGCACCUACUCGGCCCUCAUUCUGCCCAGUGAGGUGAUGGUCACAGAGGAUAAGAUCAGUGCCCUCGCUUUGGCCAGUGUCAGCAUCGGCAGCUUCACCUGCCAUGUGGGGGCUGGUGGACCUGUCCCGACAGCAGGAGCUGCACCACCAGAAAGUCCUGCCCCCUCCACCACUGCUGCCCAAUCUGAGGAGAAGAAAGUAGAAACAAAGAAAAAAGAAUAUGAAGACCCUGAUGAUGAGAUGAGCUUUGCUCUUUUUGACUAA